ACUUGGUGGUCGCCUAACUGAUUGAACCUCGCGGACUCUUUUUUUUAUUUAUUUUUUAAAGCCACUAUGAUGCGGAGGAAUACUUUUGGAAACAAAAAGUGAAGUUUUCGAUGCGCAUUGAUACGCUGCGCUGAAUGCGUUGCCUGGAGCCGGACAGCGCCCACUCUCCUCUGAUUGGAGCGUUACCCAGUGACGUCUCCCACGGGAGGGAGGGAACCUGUGGGUAACGGUGGCUGCCAUGGGACAAAACUAUUCUGAUCGCGCAGCGCAGGCUGCGGUAGGGUUCUCCACUGCCGGAGAGUGGAAGAAGCGCCUCAGAGUCCGGAGGAGGCGGAGAAGGGAGGACAAAGGCCCGGCUGGGGAGGAGGGUAGAAGGCAGCCUCCUCUUACUAUACGGCAGCCUGGAUUAGAGAGGAGACCGUCGGCAAGUUUCACAGGAGAGAGCGAUCGCAGGUCUGAUGCAGGCUGUAGUACAGUGCCGAGUGUACAGCAGCCCUGUCCCCUGAGAUCCAGUACAGUGCCGAGUGUACAGCAGCCCUGUGCCCUGAGAUCCAGUACAGUGCCGAGUGUACAGCAGCCCUGUGCCCUGAGAUCCAGUACAGUGCCGAGUGUACAGCAGCCCUGUCCCCUGAGAUCCAGUACAGGAGCAGAUCCAAGACCUAGACCAGAUUCUGGAUCAUUGGACUUAACCCCUGGCGACCAGAGACCAUCGUCUACUUGCCAAGGUACAGCGCCGAGUACACCAACCGCGGCAGCCCCUGACAUGAGACUGGAUGGGCAGGGAGGGCGGCUCAGAAGGGAUAUGUCCAAGUGCGAUGCCGCCAAGCCCGGUACGAUUACUGGGAAAGAGAGGGUCUGGUUGGAAGAGAGCGGGAAGAACAUCUUGGGGUCGCCCAAUGAAGAUCUCAGGAAGAUUUUGGGUGAUGCCGAAGACGGCUUAGAGGGCGCCGGGCAGAGGGUGGAGGUGGUUGCUGGUAUGGGUGACCUCUCGGAGGCUUUGGACCAUGCGGUUGGUAACUGGAGGAAGGAGAACAGAUGUCAUUGCUCGAUGAACCACCACGGCGGGUUAUGUGCUGGAGAAGAAACAACCAAAAGACCCACCAAGGCGGCUGAGAGGCAUGAAGAGGUAUCUGCGGGUUGCGUAUCUCGCGUCACCAUCUCAUUUGCCCCCCAGUCCAGGACUGACGAGAAAAUGGGAUCGAACAAUCAUGCUCAUCAUUGUCCCAUUGAGGAACUGUGGACGAGCGACUCUGGAAUCGGUGGCCUUAGAUUAACCGUUACUCCUCCGGAGACAGACUGUGCCCCCAAAACAGCGCGAAGUGGUGACUCGCUGCUGAACCGAAGGGGGCCCCCACUGCUUAUGAACUCCGACACCCACACCUAUGCAAUACCCCGACUUAUUGUCACCCAAGAUGUCAGCCCCAAGCGCUGCUUCCCACCGUCAUUGUCUCCGCAGUUCCAUGAAACGGGCUUCAGCCUGGAUGUUCCCAUCUCGUGUGAGGCCGAGUCGCCCUGCUCGGAUAGCGGCUGCGGUGGGUCCCCGGUGCCUUCCCUCUUCCUACGCAAGUUGUCCAGUUCCUCUGGCCUCUCGUCUGCUUCGUCCUUUGAGGAAUCUGAAGAUGACUUCAUCAGCAGCGACUUGGAGCCCAGUGGGUUAAUGGUGUGCGGUCCUGAUGAGCUGGGAGCCUCGAGUACAUCCUGGAGGAAGCUGAAGAACAUGGUCCACUGGUCACCGUUUGUGGUGUCCUUCAAAAAGCACUAUCCAUGGGUCCAGCUGGCAGGACAUGCAGGUAACUUCAAGGCUGGAGAAUAUGGGAAAAUCCUGAAGAAGUUCUGUCAGUGCGAGCAGCAGUGUUUGGAAUGGUUGAAUCGAGACUCCUUACAGCCAUUUGUCCCUGGUUAUUACGGUGUGAUCGAAAAGGAAGGAGAGAUCUACAACCAAAUGGAGGAUCUUCUGUCCGAGUUUGAGUCUCCUUCCAUCAUGGACUGUAAAAUGGGUGUUCGAACAUAUCUAGAAGAGGAACUGGUCAAGGCUCGAGAGAAGCCCAAGCUCAGAAAGGACAUGUAUGAUAAAAUGAUCACUGUAGACCCCAACGCACCCACUGAAGAGGAGCACAGACAAGGGGCGGUCCUGAAGCCCAGAUACAUGCAGUGGCGGGAGACCCUUAGUUCCACCGCAACUUUGGGCUUUAGGAUAGAGGGAAUCAAGAGAGCUGAUGGGACGUGCAACACAAACUUCAAGAAGACCAAACAUCGGGAGCAGGUGAUGAGGGCACUGGAAGACUUUGUUGAUGGCAAUAUGAACAUUCUGAAAAAUUACCUAACAAGAUUGAAAGAGCUUCGCGUUGAACUGGAAAAAUCUGAGUUUUUCAAGCACCAUGAGGUGGUUGGCAGCUCCUUGCUCUUUGUCCACGACUCCUCAGAACUGGCCAAGGUUUGGAUGAUUGACUUUGGAAAAACUGUUCGGUUGCCAAACAAGCAGACACUAAAUCACCGGGUGCCUUGGGUAGAGGGUAACCGGGAAGAUGGUUACUUGUGGGGGCUCGACAACCUCAUAAACAUAUUCUCUGACAUGGUGCAGGACUAAGACUUGAGACUGACACAAAAAAAAAAGUUGUGGCAACAUUUUGGACUCUUACAGUGAUAAGAAGGAACCUUGGAUUCCCAAACUCAUCUCUAUUGGACUUUAUGAUGUACUAUAAUUGUAUUUUAUUUAUGCUUUUUGUAGCCUCUUAGAGACAUAACACUGGAAACUGUACAGUUUAAAGCUGGGAGAAGCGUUCAGCUCAUUUCUUUUAUAAUUUGUAUAUAUAUGUAUAUUUUAUUACUUCUUUACAAACUGAUUUUAUUCUAUAUUUUAUUUUUUUAAAUGUUCACUUUAAUUCGAGGUAGUAUCCUUGGUUCUGAUACAGGUUGGCAAGAUUGAGCCAAAGCAAUGAUUGCCUACACACAGGCCACAUUCAUUAUACCCCGCGUCGGGUGAGCCGCACUGAUUUGCCCCGUUGUAGUUGCACUCUGCUUUGUUGCUUGAGAUUUUCUUUAAUGGGGCUGACCUGCAGUACUAGAGACCAUAGGUGCAAGUGGUGCUGUGUCUGGGGGGGGGAAGCAAAGCCUUUUUAAAGAGUCAUUUCCAUCUUGCAAAGUGAUGGCAUAUCCUAGGAUAUGCCAUCACUUUAUGAUUGUAGGAGUCUAACCAUGGGAAUCCCCUGGGAUCAUUAGAAUGAAGGCCCCAGUUUGCAGGAGCGAUCACUAGACAUAAGGGCUUGGUCUGCAGGGCUGGUGUAGCACUAGGUUCCCUUCAUUGGUUGGGCUGAGGAGCCAAUGUACGGAGAACUGUAGUGCAGCCCCAUUCAAGUGAAGUCCCCUGGACAGCCAAUGUGCAGGAAAAACAUAGGAGAUACAGCACCAGCCACGGGGCCGUGCAGUGGAGGUCCCAGAGGUGGGACCAUCACUUUACGAGAUUUGAAGUCUAUGCAACUAUUUUUUUUCUUUG